AAUUGAAGCACAUCUCUCUCUAGAAAUAAGCAACAAAAUGUCUGGAUACCCACACAACCCACAGGGCUAUGGUUACGGGCAGCCACCGGCUCAGCCUUACGGUGCUGCUGCUCCAUACGGUCAACCACCUGCUCAGCAACCACACGGUCAGCAGCCAUACGCGCCUUACGGAGCAGCACCUCAGGGAGCCACACCUUAUGGCGCGCCUUCUGCACCUUAUGGUGCGCCUUCCGAAAAGCCUCACAAGGACAAGCCUCAAGGCCAGGCGGCCCAGGCCUAUGGCGCACCACCUCCUGGUGCGGCUCCUGGUUAUCCACCAUCACAGAAUCAGGGAUAUGGAACCGCUCCUACUGAAAAGCCUCAAAAGGACAAGCCCUAUGGUGCUGGUGCUGGUGGUGGCUACGGUGCACCACCUCCAGGUGCCACUCCAAGCUAUCCCCCGCAGCAGCCGCAGGGGUAUGGAAGCCCCUUCGCUUCCUUAGUUCCUUCGACCUUCCCUCCUGGAACGGAUCCGAACAUUGUCGCAUGUUUUCAGGCCGCUGAUCAGGAUGGAAGUGGUUUAAUUGAUGAUAAGGAGAUGCAGAGGGCGCUAUCGUCUUACAAUCAGAGCUUCAGCUUGCGAACUGUUCAUCUUCUCAUGUAUCACUUCACUAACACCAACACCAGAAAGAUCGGACCAAAAGAGUUCACUUCUUUGUUCUACAGUCUUCAGAACUGGAGGGCAAUCUUCGAGAGGUUUGAUGCUGAUCGAAGUGGGAAAAUUGAUUCAAGAGAAUUGAAGGAUGCUCUACUUAGCUUGGGAUUCUCGGUUUCACCUCAAGUCCUGGAUUUGUUGGUCUCCAAGUUUGAUAAAGCAGGUGGAAGUCACAAGGCUAUUGAAUAUGAUAACUUCAUUGAGUGCUGCCUCACUGUUAAGGGACUGACUGAAAAAUUCAAGGAGAAGGAUACUGCUUACUCGGGAUCAGCCAAUUUCACUUAUGAAGCAUUCAUGUUGACUGUUCUUCCCUUCCUCAUUGCAUAGAAAAUGCAAGAAAAUGUUGAUUGAAUUCGACAACUUACAUGUUUUUUUCUGUUGGGAACUUAUCAUAAGACUUUAUUUAUGCUUUCUUCUAAUGCAUUAUGGUGAUUGUUGUUUUUCUUAUUUACAUUGUUAUGUUUGUUGUAUUAGUUUUUCUUGGUGAAGUUUAAUAUAUUUAUGAGGGUUCAGCUUU